AUGACUGCCAAUCUGAAGCGCGCUCUUCAUAUCAUGAGAAAGGCUCCCCAUGUUCUUCACCUUGCCAUCGUCGACUACAACGUAGUCGAAAAGUAUCUAGCAGAGCGAUUUGGUGAGCAUGACAAGAUCUGGCUUGUCCCGACUAUCUGUGAGGCAUACAAGCUUGAUGAUAUACAGAAAAUCGACUGUCCGCAGUCAUCAAGGUCAGCCAGUAAACGUCGAGGCUACACCGGCCGCGACGAGUUUUUGAUCUGGGCCUCACUACCCUGUGAACCCGUUGGGAUAUUAGACAAAAGAUCUAUUAUCAAGCUGACAAGAGCUAUGAACCGCAUAACAGAGCUUAGUUAUGACAAAGGCACAUACCUGGCAGACUACUUGAACGAUAUUCAUUAUCGGUACAGAGCGGUCUUUUCAUACAAACUUAUCAGAGCGUUUGAAGUCCAUGGUUACCACCUAGGCAGAAAUAACUGGUGCUUCCAAGACUUCCUGGCCGGAGUCUACAGAGAUCGUACCUUCGAGUCUUCUAUAUCCACGCAAUCAACGCCGACAGAUACCGUUUCUGAAGCAGGCUGGAGCGAUUGGAGCCAGUCUACAAGCUCGAUCUCCGAUCAUCAGAAUUCGCCUGAAGAUUCUAGAAUCUCUCAAUUUACCUUCAGCACAAUUCAAAGGCAACAGAACUUGACCAUUGAAAUUCCUCCAUUACGAGAAUCUCUGGUUAGAGAGUAUGAGAACGCAGCUCCUACAUCAUCGUCCGUAUCUGCUACCGACAAUACCCAAGACCUAAUAGACCGUCAAAUUGCCAACGAGGCAUCUCGAUUUGGGAUUCUAGUAGGCCCUUCAAGAGGACCGAGUCCAGCCAGCCGAAUUGAUGAUGAGGGUCCUACGAUCAGCGAUGUCUUUCUUCGACAAUUAAAUGAAGUGGCUAGCAGAGAUUUGACACCAACAGAGACACACACCGCAUCACCCAUGGGUUCAGAGGUUCUACAUUGUGCAUGCAUAUCAAAGCCAAAACAAAAACUACACAGAAGCCAGUCGAUCAACAAAGUGUCGCCUACAACCAGUGGCAGGAAAUUGGGAGUAAGCAAGGCCAACAAGGAAGCUCCUACAUCAAGGCUCGAGAAACCUCCCGUCGUAGAUGUAACAAGAGAGCGUCAUCGCCCUCGGCGCAGAAGACGGCGCUCAACAUUCCAGCAGACAACCAAAACAACGACGACACUUUUAGGGUUAAAUCACGAGGAGUUGAAAACUACCACAACUACGCAAGAACAAAAAGAUACGUCUAUUGAUGCCGACAGUGACGACAGUAUCAUAAUCAUUGGCACCGCGAAACGUCGCCACCAAACAGUUCUAAGCAUUCGAAGCCGAAGCAUGUCUGAGGCAGCAGCAGUCAUCAAGAAGCCAAAGGACAAACUUGCACGUCCACUAGUGACGAAGUCAAGGAUUCCACCAUCGAACAAAAAGACCCCCAUUCCGUGA